CCGGCAAUGAGCGGGUGACGCAGCGUUGACGUCAGAGACGGCGGAGGCUGAAACCUCUCGCCGCUGUGUCCCCAGCUCCUCUCUCGGCAGAGCCGAGUCCUGGCCCCUCCUGGAGAAUCCGUCUCGGCUGGAUAGGCUUUGGGGUCUUCAGGCUGGACCCUCGGAGGCCAGGCGCCAUGGAAGAGCACAUGUUCGGGGUUCAGCAGAUCCAGCCCAAUGUCAUCUCCGUCCGCCUCUUCAAGCGCAAAGUCGGGGGCCUGGGGUUCCUGGUGAAGGAGCGCGUCAGCAAGCCCCCCGUCAUCAUCUCGGACCUGAUUCGCGGGGGAGCCGCGGAGCAGAGUGGCCUGGUCCAGGCGGGGGACAUCAUCCUCGCCGUCAACGGCCGGCCCCUGGUGGACCUCAGCUAUGACAGUGCCCUGGAGGUGCUCCGGGGCAUUGCCUCCGAGACCCACGUGGUCCUCAUUCUAAGGGGGCCCGAGGGCUUUACCACGCACCUGGAGACCACCUUCACCGGGGAUGGGACCCCCAAGACCAUCCGGGUGACACAGCCCCUGGGACCUCCCACCAAAGCUGUGGAUCUGUCCCAGCAGCCCUCGGCCAGCAAAGAGCAGCUGCCCGCGGGGGGUGGGCCCCCGGGCCCCGGGAACGGGCCUCAGCAUGCCCAGGACGAGGGGCCGGAAGCCGGCUCGCUGCCCCAAGCCAACGGCCUGGCCCCCAGGCCCCCAAGCCAGGACCCUGCCAAGAAAAGCAGCAAGAUUGGCCCCCAGGGCAGCCAGGAGCAGAACGAACUGCUCAGAGAGAUCGAGCCCGUGCUGAGCCUUCUCACCAGCGGCCGCAGAGGGGCCGAGCCAGGGGCACCUGCCAAGGCGGAGACGAGAGACACAGGCGUCCAGGUGGACAGGGACCUGGAUGGCAAGUCACACCGAGCUCUGCCCCUCAGCGGGGAGAACGACCGCGUCUUCAAUGACCUGUGGGGCCAGGGCGGUGCACCCGUGGUCCUCAACAACCCCUACUCCGAGAGGGAGCAGCCCCCUGCCUCGGGGAGACAGUCCCCCACAAAGAAUGGCAGCCCCUCCAAGUGCCCUCGCUUCCUCAAGGUCAAGAACUGGGAGACGGACGUGGUUCUCACCGACACCCUCCACCUGAAGAGCACCCUGGAGACAGGCUGCACGGAGCACAUCUGCAUGGGCUCCAUCAUGCUGCCCUCUCAGCACACGCGAAGGCCCGAAGACGUCCGCACCAAGGAUCAGCUCUUCCCCCUCGCCAAGGAGUUCAUCGAUCAGUACUACUCGUCCAUUAAGAGGUUUGGCUCCAAGGCCCACAUGGACCGGCUGGAGGAGGUGAACCGGGAGAUCGACAGCACCAGCACCUACCAGCUCAGGGACACCGAGCUCAUCUACGGGGCCAAGCACGCCUGGCGCAACGCCGCCCGCUGCGUUGGCAGGAUCCAGUGGUCCAAGCUGCAGGUGUUCGAUGCGCGCGACUGCACCACGGCUCACGGGAUGUUCAACUACAUCUGCAACCACGUCAAGUACGCCACCAACAAGGGCAACCUCAGGUCGGCCAUCACCAUCUUCCCUCAGAGGACGGACGGCAAGCACGACUUCCGCGUGUGGAACUCGCAGCUCAUCCGCUACGCCGGCUACAAACAGCCCGACGGCUCCACCCUGGGGGACCCGGCCAACGUGGAGUUCACAGAGAUCUGCAUCCAGCAAGGCUGGAAGCCCCCGCGGGGCCGCUUCGACGUGCUGCCCCUCCUGCUGCAGGCCAACGGCAAUGACCCCGAGCUUUUCCAGAUCCCGCCCGAGCUGGUGCUGGAAGUGCCCAUCAGGCACCCCAAGUUUGACUGGUUCAAGGACCUGGGCCUCAAAUGGUACGGCCUCCCCGCUGUGUCCAACAUGCUUCUGGAGAUCGGUGGCCUGGAGUUCAGCGCCUGUCCCUUCAGCGGCUGGUACAUGGGCACAGAGAUCGGUGUCCGCGACUACUGUGACAACUCCCGCUACAACAUCCUGGAGGAAGUAGCCAAGAAGAUGAACCUGGACAUGAGGAAGACGUCAUCCCUGUGGAAGGACCAGGCGCUGGUGGAGAUCAACAUCGCCGUCCUCUACAGCUUUCAGAGUGACAAAGUGACCAUCGUUGACCACCACUCUGCCACCGAGUCCUUCAUUAAGCACAUGGAGAACGAGUACCGCUGUCGGGGGGGCUGCCCGGCUGACUGGGUGUGGAUUGUGCCCCCCAUGUCUGGCAGCAUCACACCUGUCUUCCACCAGGAGAUGCUCAACUACAGGCUCACACCCUCCUUUGAAUACCAGCCCGAUCCUUGGAACACCCAUGUGUGGAAAGGCACCAACGGGACCCCCACAAAGCGGCGCGCCAUCGGCUUCAAGAAGCUGGCCGAAGCCGUCAAGUUCUCAGCCAAGCUGAUGGGACAGGCCAUGGCCAAGAGGGUGAAAGCCACCAUCCUCUACGCCACAGAGACGGGCAAAUCGCAAGCCUACGCCAAGACCCUGUGUGAGAUCUUCAAACACGCCUUUGACGCCAAGGUGAUGUCCAUGGAAGAAUAUGACAUCGUGCACCUGGAACACGAAACGCUGGUCCUCGUGGUCACCAGCACCUUCGGCAACGGAGACCCCCCGGAGAAUGGGGAGAAAUUCGGCUGCGCUUUGAUGGAAAUGAGGCACCCCAACUCCAUGCAGGAGGAGAGGAAGAGCUACAAGGUCCGGUUCAACAGCGUCUCCUCCUACUCUGACUCACGCAAAUCAUCCGGCGAUGGGCCUGACUUCAGAGACAACUUUGAGAGUGCUGGACCCCUGGCCAAUGUGAGGUUCUCGGUGUUCGGCCUCGGCUCCCGGGCCUACCCCCACUUCUGCGCCUUCGGACACGCCGUGGACACCCUCCUGGAAGAGUUGGGGGGGGAGAGGAUCCUGAAGAUGAGAGAGGGGGACGAGCUCUGUGGACAGGAGGAGGCUUUCAGGACGUGGGCCAAGAAGGUCUUCAAGGCGGCCUGUGACGUGUUCUGCGUGGGGGAUGACGUCAACAUCGAGAAGGCCAACAACUCCCUCAUCAGCAAUGACCGCAGCUGGAAGAGGAACAAGUUCCGCCUCACCUACGUGGCCGAAGCACCAGAACUUACCCAGGGGCUCUCCAAUGUCCACAAAAAGAGAGUCUCCGCCGCGCGGCUCCUGAGUCGACAGAACCUCCAGAGCCCCAAGUCCAGCCGCUCAACCAUCUUUGUGCGCCUCCACACCAACGGGAACCAGGAGCUCCAGUAUCAGCCUGGGGACCACCUGGGCGUCUUCCCUGGCAACCACGAGGACCUCGUGAAUGCCCUCAUCGAGCGGCUGGAGGACGCACCCCCUGUCAACCAGAUGGUGAAAGUGGAGCUGCUGGAAGAACGGAACACAGCUUUGGGCAUCAUCAGCAACUGGAAGGACGAGUCCCGCCUCCCGCCCUGCACCAUCUUCCAGGCCUUCAAAUACUACCUGGACAUCACCACGCCGCCUACGCCCCUGCAGCUGCAGCAGUUUGCCUCCCUGGCCACCAGCGAGAAAGAGAAACAGCGCCUGCUGGUCCUCAGCAAGGGCUUGCAGGAGUACGAGGAGUGGAAAUGGGGCAAGAACCCCACCGUGGUGGAGGUGCUGGAGGAGUUCCCGUCCAUCCAGAUGCCGGCCACCCUGCUCCUCACCCAGCUGUCCCUGCUGCAGCCCCGCUACUAUUCCAUCAGCUCCUCCCCGGACAUGUACCCCGACGAGGUGCACCUCACCGUGGCCAUCGUCUCCUACCACACCCGAGAUGGAGAAGGACCAAUUCACCAUGGUGUGUGCUCCUCCUGGCUCAACCGGAUACAGGCUGGCGAAGUGGUACCCUGUUUCGUGCGGGGUGCACCCAGCUUCCACCUGCCCCGAAACCCCCAGGUCCCCUGCAUCCUGGUUGGCCCAGGAACUGGCAUCGCCCCUUUCCGAAGCUUCUGGCAGCAACGGCAAUUUGACAUUCAACACAAAGGAAUGAGUCCCUGCCCCAUGGUCCUGGUCUUCGGGUGCCGGCAAUCCAAGAUAGACCACAUCUACAGGGAGGAGACCCUACAGGCCAAGAACAAAGGGGUCUUCCGAGAGUUGUACACGGCCUACUCCCGGGAGCCAGACAAACCAAAGAAGUACGUGCAGGAUGUCCUGCAAGAUCAGCUGGCCGAGACUGUGUACCGAGCCCUGAAGGAGCAAGGGGGCCACAUUUACGUGUGUGGAGAUGUCACCAUGGCUGCCGAUGUCCUCAAAGCCGUCCAGCGCAUCAUGGCCCAGCAGGGGAAGCUCUCGGAGGAGGAUGCCGGAGUAUUCAUCAGCAGGCUGAGGGAUGACAACCGGUACCACGAGGAUAUCUUCGGAGUCACCCUGAGAACGUAUGAAGUGACCAACCGCCUUAGAUCUGAGUCCAUUGCCUUCAUUGAAGAGAGCAAAAAAGAGACAGAUGAGGUCUUCAGCUCCUAAGUGGA